AUGGCGGCGGUCCGGGUGCUGCGGGGGGGCGGCUGCUGCCGCCACCGCCACCGCUUCCUUUUCUCCUCCUCCUCAGCCGGCGGCGGCCCCACGACUGAGCGCGGGGAGCGGCACGAGAGCGCGGGCCUGGGUUUCAGCCCCCCCGCACACUCCCGUAAUGACUGGAUUGGCCCCCCCGACAAGCACUCCAACCUGCGGCCGGUCAUCUUCUACGUGCCCCCCAAGGAGUCUCCCCUGGAGCGGCGGCUGCGGGAGGCACGGCAGGAAGCCCAGGCCUGCGACCAACGCUUCUGGGCGCAGCACAACCGCGCCUUCCGCCAGGAAAAAGAAGAAUUUAUUUAUUCAAGACUGAAAGCCAAGGGUCUGGAAAUGAGAGAUGAAACAGGUCAAAAAGCAACACUGAAUGCAGAAGAAAUGGCUGACUUUUACAAGGACUUUCUAAGUAAAAAUUUUAGAAAGCAUAUGCAGUAUAACAGAGAUUGGUAUAAACGUAACUUUACUAUCACAUUCCUCAUGGGACAAGUAGCACUGGCAAGAGCUCUGAGGUGGCUUCGUUGGAAAAAGAAAAAUGUUGGAAAUUAAUCACAGCUCCAUGAAGAAUGCAACACUAGCGAGGCCUGCUACAAACUUGUUGUUUAUAGCGAUGUUCAGAAUCUGAAUGACUAAUGUAAUAAUUGCUUUAAUCUGUUUGUUAACCUAUGUAAAUAAAAGUUGCCAUUGGUCUUAAUUUAUAAUCACUAUGUAGAUUUCCUUUACCUUUUAUUCCAAGAAUAUCUAAAAUAUUUCCCAACCAAAACACAACUGAGAAAACUAUUAAAAGCUGUUCCUCGUUUACAUUAAAUGGAAUGGAUCACAACUGUCACGUUUUUACCACAGAGUCAUAGCUCCUAAAUAACACGUGAUUCAGUAUACUGUACCUGAACUUGGGUCAGAGAAUGAUGUCUCCACCAACCAUAUUAGUAUGUAAAGACAAAAAUGCCUCAUUUUGCAGCAGUUGUCUGUCUGGGGCAGUAGCUAUCCAUAAGUAAUACAACAUGGCUGAAGGAACAAGUAUGAUUUGUGAGUAUAUGUACAAUCAAUUUAGAAUAAUCCUCUUUUCACUGUGAUUAUUUCCUAUUUUUAAUAAAGAUUUAAGAUACGAUUUCAUAUAAAUUACUAAUGCAAUAGGAUCUUCUUAGAGAAUUUUGUUUUAAUUAAAAGAAAUGUGCCCCCCUUGGACAAGAAUUCCUCUAACCUAUGAUUGGUAAAGAUUUUAGUUGCUGAGCAAUAAAACAGAUGCGUUGCCAGUCACUUAAUCUCGGUAGAAAAGGAAACUGAUACUUGGCUGUACGGAGGAGAACAACAUCAGUACUAAUACGCACUGCUUUCUACUCAUUCAUUUCUUUCAAAAACACUGGUAUUCUCACCAGUUUCUCUGAGGCACUCAAAGCAACUCACCUGAGGGUGAUUUUUCUGGCCUCCAGGUAUGUAACAUCAAUUGGAAAGAGGUUGGUUUAAGUGAAGUCUUAAAAUGUUAUGCCAUGUAUCUGUAAUUUAAAAGAAGUUCCAUUCCUCGGAAUGUUCUCCCUGUCCAUUUAUAUAGUUAAAUUAUUUUUUUGAUACAGUACGUACUAAGAGGAUUCUGUUAAAAAGAACGAAUGUUGUCAAAUGAAGCGUGUUUUUGUAAAGCUAUGCUGUAGGGAAGGUUCUGCUUUUGGAAACGUCAGCUCUAGCCAUUGACCUGUUUUUCAUGUCUAAACAUGACAUGAUUUAUUCACAGGCUUUUUCAGCUGGAGCAAAAAGAGCUUUGUCAAUAUCAACUGUAAUAAUUCCUUUGCAAGAUGAAAUAAAUAUUAAUGAUAUAGUAGCAGAUCGCACUGUUUCAUACAAUGAUGAUAUCAUCAUUGGGGCUACGAUGGUCACUGAAUUGUGGUUUUAACUGUUGUGUUAUUAGUAAAUGAAAACAGUCAUUAAUAGCGUUUGCUGAGGUGACAACUAACACUUCUAGGAAAAUAUUAUUUGUGAAUGUUAUUUACUGCAUCAGUACUGUAAAAGGUGUAUAUUUAUUAAAAAGUUACAAAAUGCCAUGUUUCUUUAGGAAAAUAAAUUUUUGAAAUAGA